AUGGGAGGACCCUAUAUGCCUAAAACGGCCUCCAUGGGUGGUCGACCAACGAUUUCCCUCGAUGUCCCAAUAUGCGCCGUCUUCCUCGCCCUUUUCAUCGCCGGUGCCGCCUGCCACAUGGCCCUGUUCCGUCGCAACCUCGCAAAAGGCCACAAGUUCAUUCCAUCGGGCGCCACAUUUGGUUUUUGCAUGUCACGUAUUAUCGCAAAUAUCAUGCGCAUCGUCUGGGCCUGUCACCCGACGAACAUUAGCAUUGCAAUCGCAGCACAGAUCUUCGUUGCAGCGGGCGUGUUGUUGCUAUUCAUUUUGAACUUGUUAUACGCACAGCGUAUGUUCCGAGCUGUCUAUCCAGCCCCAGGGUGGUCCCGAACACUAUCCUGGGCCUUCAAAUCACUGUAUGCUCUCGUCGUGGUGACGAUCAUUAUGGUCAUCACUUCUGUUGUUCAGAGUUCAUAUACUCUCAACUCAAACACACUUCGCAUCGACCGCGAUAUCCUGAUCUACGGUCAAACCUACUUCUCCAUCAUCUCGUUCCUACCACUUCCUCUUGUCUUACUUGUCCUUCUGUCUCCAAACAGAAAGCGAGUUCAGCAGGUUGGCUCUGGUAGUUGGGUCGUCAAAGUCUUUAUCGUCGUACUUGUCAGCUCAUUGCUUUGUCUCGGCGCGUCGUUCCGUGCUGCUACCUCUUGGAUGACACCUCGGCCUGUCACAUCGCCAGCCUGGUAUCACAGCAAGGCCUGCUUCUAUAUCUUUAACUUCACCAUUGAUAUUUUGGUCGUGGCUAUCUUCUUUGUCGGCCGUGUUGACCAGCGAUUCUGGGUUCCGAAUGGAAGCUCGAAGGUGCGUCACUACCGACGUGAUGAGGGUGUUGAGAAGAACACACAAGCUGCACAGAAUGGAGGUUCUCCUCUGUGCGAUGAUGAAUGGGAUAUCAAGAGUAGUAGCGUGUCCGAGGGCCUGAUUGAAGAAACAAAAUAA